GCAACACCAGCAACACAACAAGCAGCAGUUGACUGGAGGAAUUCGUUGAGUGUCGUGGCGGCGCGUAGUCGUGUGUUUCGUGGGGCGUGCACGGGAAUGCUAGUGGACAAUUCUUUUGCAUAAAUUGCAUUAUCUUACGUUUUGGGAGUGAACAACAAGCUGUAUGUGGCACUGUGCUAAUUCGUCGCGAAGGAAUCCAUAAAACGGUGGUUUAGGUGCCGGAAAAAGUUGCGUUGCCUGGGCGACUCUGUGAAAGGCGGGUCAGCGAUGAUUACCGUUAUGUGAUAUUUAAUAUUUGCUAGUUAUUUAAAACCAACAUGCUGAAGUUCUUCAGUAAGCGUCAUAAAGGGCGCGCUGGGCAGCGUAUUGAUGGUAACGGAGUGAACGAUCAGCAUGGAGGGAAACACAACAAGCAUAUCUUGCAAUGCAAGGUUCAGCUUUUAGAUGGCACAGAUAUAUCUGUAGAACUUCCAAAAAAGGAGCUGGGCCAGGCCCUCUGUGACCAAGUGUUCUACUCUCUGGACCUUAUAGAGAAGGACUACUUUGGCCUCCAGUACACAGACCACAACCAUGUACAGCACUGGCUCGACCCCACGAAACAAGUCCGGAAACAAGUCAAAAUCGGACCGCCCUACACGCUACGGCUGCGGAUCAAGUUCUACUCCUCCGAGCCCAACAACUUGCAUGAGGAGCUAACCAGGUACCUGUUCUUCCUGCAGCUGAAGCAAGACCUGUACUCUGGCCAGCUGGAGUGUCCUCAGGAGACGGCCGUUCAGCUCGCUGCGCUCUGCGUCCAGUCCGAACUAGGCGACUACGACCCAGAGGAGCACUCGGAGGAUACCAUCUCCCAGUUCCGGUUCGUUCAAGACCAGACCGUCGAGCUGGAGGACGCCAUCUUCGAGCAGUACAAAACGCUGGCGGGACAGACUCCGGCGCAGGCAGAGUCCAACUUCCUGAACAUCGUCAAAUGGCUGGAGAUGUACGGAGUCGACAUGCACACAGUGCUGGGCAAGGACAUGUCCGAGUACUCGCUCGGACUGACUCCGACCGGUAUUCUGGUGUUUGAGGGUCAGCAGAAAAUCGGCCUCUUCUUCUGGCCCAAGAUUAACCGGCUUGACUUCAAGAAGAAGAAGCUGACGUUGGUGGUUGUGGAGGACGAUGAUGAGGGACGCGAGCAGGAGCACACAUUCGUCUUCAGGCUUUACAACAAGAAAGCGACGAAGCACCUGUGGAAGUGUGCCAUCGAGCAUCACGCCUUCUUCCGGCUGAAGGCGUCCUCCAAGGCGCCGAGCGCGCGCCAAAACUUCUUCCGCAUGGGCUCGCGCUUCCGCUACAGCGGUCGCACCGAGUACCAGACCACCUACCAGAACCGGGCGCGCCGCACCGUACAGUUCGAGCGGCGACCCAGCAAACGCUACAGCGUCCGCGAGUCGCACAUUAUCCGGCAGAAGCUGAAGCAGGAGAAGGCAGAACAGACUGGUGCCGGCGGAGAGUCGACCGGCGCUGCCACGGCGGCGCCCCAGCGCCAGAGCAGCGUCCAGGGAGCCGCACAUAAACCGGCCACCACCGCCGCGGCGGCCACGGCGGCCUCCAAACAGACCAACGGCACGGCCGGAACGCUGAGCAAGCAGACCAACGCGGUGACCGCGGGAGGCACACUGCCGAAACAGACCAACUCGGCAGCGGCGGCUGCGCAGAAGUCGGCCGUCGGAGUGUCUGAGCAGCGCACGACAGCCUCCUCCGAUAGCUCCCAUCCGGACACGACAAUAACCAGUCACCAGAGCAAGUCGGAGUCGACAGCCAACUCUGCUGCCUCUGGCAGCCCGGCGGGCGGGGACGCUACCGACGCGGCGCCCACCGGCGGAGCAGAAGCUGCCGCGCUGGCCAGCAAGGUGAAGGCUCUGGAGUCGCCACACGCCGGCUUCCGCUCCGGGGUACGCAACGUCAAUGUCAACAUCCUGGCCAACAACCAGAACAGCAAGCUGGCUGCCGGCGGCGGCGCCAAGCCCAUACCGCCCGACAAGUUCAAGUCCAACAUUCUGAAAGCCCGUGCCGAAGAGACGGGUAUGCUGGUGGACCUGUCCUCUCCGACCGACAAGGUGCCGGCCAAGUCGCCCCUACUGAACGGUGACUCCCGCCGUCGUCAGCUCUCGGCGGCUGAGCGGAGUGACGAGUUGAACCACACCAUCGUCUCUGUGGGAGGCGACCCGCUCACCCUGCCGUGUGGCGGCGGAGACGGCACCGAUCUGGACGGCGGCUCGUCAGUGGCCGGGGAGACGGACCUGGACGCGCCGCCGCUGCCGCCCGACUCGCCGCCGGCCGCCCAGCAGCCGGACACCGCCACCAACCCGUUCUCGAGCGGCGGCAGCGGCUCGUCCAACCCGUUCCGCGGCUUCUCGGCCACCAAUCCGUUCCGCGAGGAGGCCGGCCUGGCGCCGCUGACCCUACAGACGGCCUCCACGUCUGCCGGCUCGAGCCUCAACACCUCGCUCGGGUCGCCGCGCUCGCCGCCGGCCAAUAUCAACAACAACAUGGUGUUGAACCUGAAGGGGGAGGCGGCCGCGCUGCUGCACAGUCGACUGACGGGCGGCGCCGGGGGCAGCGGCAGCGGCGCCGGCUCGCCGGUCGGGGGCACCAACGGAGUCGGCUCCGGUAACGCCAGCCCCGGACGGAUGUCCAACUCGAGCAACGAGAGCCACUCGGAGCGCGCCGACCUGAACACAAGCGGCGCCAGCAUCGGCUCGGACCACCAGACCAGCUCGGCGGUGACCCGAAGCCACUCGUCCGCCGCUGCCGCCGCGCGCUCGACCGCCCCCACCGGGCCCACGGCCUCAGUGAUGCGCAGCAACUCGACCCUGUCACCGUGGCAUGUGGGCGGCGCUGACCUGUCGGAGCCACUGCGGAUCGAACGGCGUACCGUGAUCACCACCGAGCUCUGAGCCGCCCCCGCCCCCGCCCCCGCCCCCGCCCCCGGAGGGGCGGUCCCGACCGGCGGGCGGCUGGCCGGUGGAUGAUGGCGCGCGGUGAUGUGAACUCAGAGUUGUGCCGACUGACUGGUGCCGCGGCCGCUGCUGACAAGCUACCGACCAAGGUGUGUGUGUUUGGUGAUGUGUAAUUAUGUGGCGUCACGGCAAACCCCACACACCAGGACACCUACAGCUCGGCCCGCAGGUCUGCGAGGAGUAUAUUUGUGUUUUAGCGUUUUUUUCCUCCUGUUUUACAAGUGAACCGCACCGCGUUUGUGUGCUGCAUUUUGUUAUGUGUGUGGAAACUGUCUCCCGCAGAAGUUUUAUGGGAAGAGGUUUUGAAGAGGUUAGCCAGCUUCGUGCGACGUGUUUUGUGCCAAUUUGUUUUGCGCGCGCCUUUGGUUGGUGGCAGCUCCCUCGCCUGGCGUCGCCUGUCGUCGCGGGCUCCGCCUUCCGCUGAACCAGUGUACUUAUAACUCCGAUAUGAUGGCUGUUCUCUAUUUUAUCCAGUUAUUUACCCCGCGUUCGUCACCGUUAGACUGUGUGUGUCGUGCGAGCGGCUGAGGCCCCGGACCCUGGACGGUCUUCAGUUGUGGCCUAGCAAACUGGCUCGCCAGCCUCUAACCCCAUCCCGUGCGUGGAACGGUGUGAGCGGAUGUUCUUUUUGCUGUCUGUCUGCUGUCAGCUGUCCUACGAAUGUGUCUGUUGUCUACCGUGUGUUUCAUUUUCUGCUGGCUAGAACGAUUGGAACUGGGUUUUAUGUUACGUGGCAGCUUGUGAAGCAUCUCUUUCAUAGCAUGCAAGCUCUCUUGCAUUGAUGCUCGCGUGUUUUCUGAUGGUAUUGCAUGUGAGUCAUGUUCAGCAUUCCAAUGGCAGCUCGGCUGGUCAGGUUUCCGGCCCCGAGGUCUUCCGCGCAUCUCAGUGGGUCUGUGUGUCGCUUGUUCCGUCCAUGAUUAUUCCAGUGGGACCGUGCCUUCCUGAGCAUUACACGAAUGUCACUAACAUGCGCCCGUGCCUUUGUGACCCUGCCGUCAGUUGCCAACUCCAUACCUGUGUGUUGCGUGAUUGAACCUUUCUGCCAAGGGACCAUGAAUACUGAGCAGCCUAUGCGAUGCGUGCCUUCCACCUUUUGUGAUCCUACCCUGCCGUGACUUGCAUGUCGCGUGCUGGUCUAUUUCUCGGUGUCUUCCCUGGGGUUUAACUCCCCAGUGCUCUCCUAUCCUUACCUCCCCGUAUCACAGCUCCCUGCUCUCCCUUCUCCCUCUCUCCUACAACUACAUCCCAUCCGCCACUCUGUCGGCCGCGGGCGUUUCCAUUCGCCGAAGCCGAGUCCUGUGGGCACUGACCGGUGCCAAACUCGCGUUCAUUGUGAAUACCCAUUGUCUGACCGUCAGUGGUAGUCAUCCCCUGGGCGCGAUGGAGUGUCCGAGCCGACCCAUUCCAGUCUGCCGUCGCGCGGCGGUCGGCGGCGACGGCUGCGCUGUCGCGUACCUCGUGUAACCGCUCCGUCCGACCACCAUUCCAGCCGGCCCGCCCCGAGAGGCCGGUCCGUGUGUGUGUGUGUGUCUGUGUGUGUCUGUAUGUGCGCGGUGUGUGUACUGUACAGUGGAUGUAUACGGUACGUGUGUGUCUGUGUGCCUGCCAGGACAGUGGUCAAUACACGCUGACCAGAGGUGAGGAA